CCAGGGCUGCCCGCCGGUUGCCCGUGUAGCUUCCACGCAGAGCGGGGGGUGGGUGAGCGUUUUCAUCGCACUGGGUUUCUCCUACGUCCCUAACACGCCCCGCUUCCCCCUUGGAAAAGCGCCUUGUUUUGCCUCGCCUUCCCUUUUAAGUCAGGCACAUCUUCUGGCGCCCUAGUCCGCGCCCAAGCGAAAGAAGGCCCCAUUCUCCCAAAAUGGCGGCGCCGGCCGGUUACCGUGGGGCUCUGCGCGCCGCUAGCUUAGAAGGCCCCAAAGAUGGCGAUGCUGGCGGAGCCCCGUAAAAAGCAGAAGUGGUCUGUGGAUCCUAGAAACAGCGCUUGGAGUAAAGAUGAAUCCAAAUUUGGCCAGAGGAUGUUGGAAAAAAUGGGAUGGUCCAAAGGAAAGGGUCUUGGGGUUCAGGAACAAGGGAGCACAGAGCACAUCAAGGUUCAAGUGAAAAACAACACACUUGGUUUAGGAGCAGCCAUAAAUUAUGAGGACAACUGGAUUGCUCAUCAAGAUGACUUCAACCAACUUCUGGCUGAACUGAAUAAUUGCCAUGGGCAAGGUGAAUCAGAGCCCACUAGCGAACAGAAGAAGACAUUCAAUCUUGAAGAGAAAUCCAGAUCCUCCAGGAAACGUGUUCAUUAUAUGAAGUUUGCAAAAGGAAAGGAUCUCUCUUCGCGCAGUGAAGAUGACCUGUCCUGCAUUUUUGGGAAACGACAGAGUACAAAAACUGAGGAGGACAACACCUGUGCAGAUUCUCCAGAAGAGGACAGAAAAGAAGACCUUGAGAUGCCCAAUUCAGUGGACCAUAGUAAUACAGUGACCAGCACCAUGACGGUGCAAGAGUAUUUUGCAAAGCGCAUGGCAAAACUGAAGAAAUUCCAGAAUGAACCAGAGAGUGAGUUAGUGAAUCCUGGCACGACUACAGCUGAAGACUUAGAAUCUUCACAAGGACUGAAAACCAAAUCCAAAAAGAAAAAGAAAAAGAGCCAGAAAAAUGCUGAGGCAGCGAACAUGGACGGUUACGAAGAACCAAAGGUGAAACGCUCCAGAACAGCUGGCGCGUGGGAAGAAGAACUGGAGACAGCAAACACUGAAUACCAACCAGGGAAAAAGAAAAAGAAAGCUAAACAUCAACGCAAAGGUGAAGAUGUCAGUUGUGUUGGAAAUUCUUGUGUUUUCCCAAGGAGUGGAGAAAUUUACCCUGGAACAGCUGAUGGGGAAAAUCUUGGUGAAGAAGCCUCUGAGACAAAGCAAAAGAAACCAUAUAAGAAAAAACACAAAAAGCAGAAAAAAGAGGCAGCGGAGUAUGUCGACGGGAUGGAGAGGAAAAAGAAGAAACGUUUAAGUUAACUUAGCAGUGUCUUGGGCUUCGGAAAUAGUUAGACGUUGACAUAUUGAAUGUGAAGCCUUCUGUGAAUGCCAGCCAGACAUCAAACUGCAGUUCAUCCCAUGUGUAGCGCUCUGUCUCUGUCAGUACUGAAACCUCAGACUCUUUAAACACAGCUCUCGUUGGCAGGGCGGGAAUACAUUGCCCCAUCAUAGGUGGGGAUGAAGCAUGCUAUUAACUGUUGUAGGAAACAGUGCUGUGGGCUAGGCUUUCCCCAAGUCUACACAGCAUGGCUGUGUGACAACAGUGCAUAAAUGGAGUUAGGCUCUGCUCACAUAAUCAGCAGUUAGCCCCCCCUCCCCCCCCACUCCCCUCAGCCAGCAAGAUCUAUAUUUUAGCACAGUGGACCUGAAUCUACUGUCACUUACACUGGUAUCAUUUCACACAGUUGCUAGUGUGAGACAAGAACAGGACUGUGUUAUAGUAGAAAAUGCCUACAGAUCACUACCCACUACCCCAUCCACUGAACUCUUCCCAGCCUUGCAAAAAUUUAAUUCAGUUGCAUUUUUUAUCAUCCCUGUUUUCUUUUGUGCCAGUGCAGUUGCCUUCUGAGAGUCUGAGCAUGUACCAUAUAGAUGUGUAAACCUUUUCAUUGAUUUCCUUUAGUAGCUAAAAUGAAUUUUGCUUCCUCUUAAAAUGCCUGCUCUAAUUAAAGGAUUAUGCCCAUGUGUCAGUGCAGGAGAAUGGAACGAAAUAGUUCCUUUUGUUCCCUAGCCAGAAGUUAACUAUUGCAGGGUAGGUAUUAUGUUACAGAGCUACACAGGAAUUUUUUUUAGUCGCCUCGUCCAUGUAGCCUAACUUUGACUUUCAGGCCACAAUUCUGGUCUUUACAUUGACCCAUUCCGCGUUCAAAAAGUCACACUUGAGGAGCUUGGUAUGUGGCAUACCUGUUAGCAAAAAAAUGUAUACAAAUGUAGCUGUUCGCAUGCAUUGAGGGAAGGAGUUGCCGUUUGUACAAGGAAAACCUAAAUGAGUACAAUUUAGCUAUUUAAAUUUAUUUAUUUUUAAAAAUUGGCUAUACAUUUAAAAUGGAGGACAGCUUGUGUUGGGACACAUGGCUCUUGUGGAGAAGUUUUGUAUACAAGCGUAAAUGUUGAGGACCAGAUUCUGGCGUACUUACUCAGAUAGAGUGGUAGCAUCGCCAAGAGAUACUAGAGUGAGUGUGGCAGAAUCGGGGCCUAAAGAAGCAUUUUCCCUUGGACCCUUUUACAAACCUUGAGCCUGAUUCUGAUUUCAUUUACACCAGGGAGGAACUCCAUUGAAGUCAGGAGAGUUACUCUGGAUUUAAAUCAGUGUAACCGUGUAGAGCUUGGCUUUUAAUAUUGUUUUAUUACAGCUGUGCAUUUGACUCUGGGCCAGAGUCUUUUUAUUUCACCACUCUAAAUCUGGAGCAACUCCACUGGCCUUGUCCUGACAGAUAAAAAGGGAGGGCUUGUUUUUUUUUUUUAUUGUGUUAGCGUAAUAUGAUUGAAAACCCCACUAAGAUGCAGGCUAACAUGUAUGAACCUGCAAUAACUGGCCUUGCUGUAGCCUGAGAGAAGCCUACGCUGCAACACGGCCCAUUAACGUUGCUUCAGACCUGUUAACCUUCAUCUCAGUGGGCCUUUGCAAUUGUAUCAAGUUAACAAAACUGAAAAAUGCAGCCUCUUUGCCCAUCCGGACGCAGCCUGCUGAGGGAUUACUCCAGAUUUACAUCAGUGUAAUAGCAGAUUUUGGCUUUCUCUACAUUCCACACUGUACCGUUUGGCUUUUAAUCCCUGUAACAUUUACUUUUCAAUGCAAUGCAAAUAUUGGCCAUCAUGAUGCUGCUUUGGCUGGUGCUGCUACAUGGCUUUUUUAAGCAACAUGUCACUUACACAGUGUGAGUCUACUACAGAACUCCAAAUAAACUGUAGUCCUGAGGCAGAAAA